AUGGGGGAGCUCGACUCCCUCGUCAAGCCGACGGGGCUCCCUGCCACCAACUCUCACGGGCCCUCAGACGCCCACGCCCUGGGAGAAGCACCAAAGGAUCCCAGGUCUUUCAGGAUGGACAACUCAAAGCGAGCCCGGGGCGAACGUCAGCCCCUGCUAAGAGAGGUCGCCCCCGUGCCGAUCCAGGAAGACAGCAGCCUGUCUCCUGGUGACCUGUGCCAUGCCCACGAGCACGACACAUCCCACGCGCGCACAACCGGCACAGCCGCCAAGAUCCUGGCCACGACGACCUCCUUCCUCGUGCUGGGCAUGCUCAUCUCCACCCCGGGCGUCGUCCUCCCGCACCUGGAGGCCCACUACCACCUCUCGGACGUGCGCGCGAGCCUCGUCUUCCUGGUCGCCCCCUGGGGCUACCUCGCCGGCGCCUACCUCAACGACCCGCUGCACCGGCGCCUCGGCCAGCGCGGCAUCGCCGCCGUCGCCCCCGUCUGCCAGGCCCUCUUCGCCUCGCUCGCCGCCAGCUUCCACGACCCGCAGCGCGGCGGCUUCGAGGUCUUCCUCGCCGCCACGGCCUGCGGCAACGUCGGAGCCGGCCUGCUGGACGGGUCGUGGUGCGCGUGGGCCGGCGGGCUGGGCGGCGGGCGGCGCAACCUCGUCCAGGGCCUGCUGCACGGGAGCUUCUCCGUCGGCGCGGGGCUGGGGCCCUUCCUGGCCGGCACGCUGUUCUCCGUGUGCGGGCGGCCCUGGUGGGAGUGGUACUACGUGCUCCUCGGCGCGGUCGUGCUGCAGGCCGUGGUCCUGCUGUGGGUCUUCCGGUUCGAGGACGGGGCGCGGUACCGCGAGGCGCUGGGGGCGCCCAAGCAGGGCCUGGGCGGCGAUGGGGUCGCGGCGGUCGAUCGCAUGUCCGAGGCGCCGCCGCCGCCUGCUGCUGGCCAUGCUGGGGCGGGCGCGCUGCGGCACGCCGUCACCUGGACCUGCGCCGUCUACUUCCUGGUCUACGUCGGCACCGAGUCUGCCAUAUCAGGCUGGGUUGUCACCUUCAUGUUGCGGGCGCGCCACGCCUCGACAUAUGUCGCCAGCCUGUCGUCCUCGGGCUUCUGGAUCGGCAUGGCGGUGGGCCGGCUGCUCCUCGGCCUCGUGACGGACAAGGUCGGCGUCCGUGUUGCUGCCACCGUCUACGUGAUCAUUGCCAUUGCGGCCCAGGCAGUUGUGGCUGCCGUGGACCUCGCCGCGGUGUCGAUCGUCGCCGUCGCCGUCGUGGGUUUCUUUCUGGGGCCCUUGUUCCCCUCCGGCAUCGUCGUGCUCGCGCGGCUGCUACCCAAGGACCUGCAUGUCGGCGCCGUGUCCUUUGUUGCCUCUGUCGGUCAGCUCGGGGCGGCCUUUGGGCCGUUCGCCAUGGGCGCCAUGGUCCAGCUGUUGGGCAUCCGGACCUUCCAGUUCUUCAUCCUUGCCUUACUCGUGGUGGCGCUGCUGAUUUGGCUCAUGUUCCCGAAAUUGCCCCCUGGUGAAACAGAUGGUGAAGGCCCGGGAAGUACCGAGCCCACGGGACCUUGA